GCAUCCGUCACCGCCAUCGCUCUCGCCCACAAUCGAUACUGAGCACGCGACCUCCAAACAGCUCCCCCUCUGCGGAGGCGAGAGUCUGUGAGGACUGCUCCACAUCAUCAUGAUAAUACAGCGCAAUUUGUACAGCCCUUCUGCCCCAGAGCCCCGGACUCGCCUGACCAACAAUCCCACGCUCUUGUACAGCUGGUGGUGCACCAUUUUCUCCGCUGUCAUCAUAGGCGUCCGCCUGUUCGGCCGCUACAUUCGCAAUGAAUGCCUGUUCCGCGAAGACAAGGUCAUGGCGCUCAGCAUCUUUCCCCUCUUUGCGCGCAUGGGCUUUGUGCACGUUGUCUUGAUCUACGGCACAAACAAUGUCGAUGUUACCGGCUUGACAGACCCAGUUAGAAUUCACCAUCGAGAGAUUGGUUCGCGCAUGGUCCUUGCAGCGAGGAUCUUCUAUGCGCUGUUCAUCUGGUUAGCCAAGUUCACCGUUUCAGAGUUCCUCAAGCGCUUGACAGAACGCUUCUGGAAAAAAGGAUACGAAUGGGGACUGCGCGGUAUUCGCAUAUUCCUCGUCGUUACCUUUUUCAUGGUUUUAGUUGCUACCUUUACUGAGUGUCGUCCAGUCACUCACUACUGGCAAGUCGUUCCCGAUCCGGGUCCGCAGUGUCGCCAGGGUUAUGCUCAACUCCUCACCAUGGGCAUUGCUGAUAUCGUCACCGACAUUCUCCUGAUUGCCUUUCCGAUUCCAAUCAUUAUUCGCUCAGGCAUGCCCUUGAGGCGCAAGGUCUCCCUAGUGGCACUGUUCUCUCUAUCACUUGGUCUCAUCAUCGUCACCGGGGCUCGCAUGCCUCUAGUCAUUGAAAAGAAGGGCCUUCAGCAAUUCCGUACUGUUUUUGCCUCUUCCGAAAUCCUGGCUGCCGCCAUCGUGUCCAACGCAAUCAUCCUAGGGUCAUUCCUUCGCGAUCGAGGUGUCAAGAAACCAAAAUUCAAGGCGCCCUCGACUACUGACAGCGCCGAGCGUAGAGGGUCAUCGCGCCGCUUUACAGACCAGCCCCGCAGCAGCGAUGAAGACCUUGCACGAUCACUGGGUUAUAGGACCAAGCCCGAGCUCUUGGAGAAAACGCCAAGCGUACCCAGACCAGCUCCAGUGGCGAACCUCGACCUCUUGCAGCCUGCAAGGCAGUCUGGCCCUUUUGCAAACAACAACUGGAAAUUUCCAGACGAAGAGGGAAGUGUAUCACAUGGUGAGGACCCCUCGCACUCAGAGGUUGACGACAUCCGGGACCCAAUGCCCAGUCCCCGCGGCGGCAGACGGGUAUCCUGGUUUGAUGUGGGUGGUCUACUGGAACAACCAGGAGUAACCCCUUCGCCCACAGACUCUGUGGUUGCUCACGAUUUCGCGACGCAACCCAGAAGAGGCUCCCGAGCUUCAAACUCAAUCAUGUCGGCCGGGCGCGCGUUUCUUCCACAAGGUCGACGAAACUCCCGGCUCUCACAGCAUUCCGAAGACCUCGAAAUGUCAUGCCGGCCGAACCAACAGCUGCAGGAUCUGGGUGGUCUGCUGCCUGGACACCGUGAGCAAGAAGAAUCACCGUCCACUCCAACUUCAACCCCCAGCCCUUCGGUGGCUCCUCGGUACGCGCCUAUACACCGCACAUCGACACGCUCAACACGAACAAGCUAUGAUGUGCCUUCUCUACAAGACCCUGGAGGCUUGCUUUUAUCCGUACCCUCUGCUACGUCCCUUCAGCGCACCCCUACAAAUCACAGCCGUGACGCGCCUGCGUUGCAGGACGCCGGUGGGCUGCUUGGGUGAUGACCUCCAUUUCUCUUAUCCUUAAUGUUCCUCUUGUUUGAUACCCCGGCCUCAGCGGCCUUUUCAUUUGCAUAGCCUGCAC